AACAACAGCAACAACAACAACAACAAAUAAGCAACUGGGAGAAAACAAAGCAGAACGAGCCACAAGCGUGAAAUCAAAGCAGAAGCAACAGAAAAAGACAACAAAGUAAAAGUUCAUACAUACUUUCAUACAUUUACGUACAUAAUACAUACUGUAUGGGUGUGUGUGUUGGCAUGCGGCGACAUUAAAAAUCAAAUCCUGGUAAGUAGCAUUCGCGAACCUUUUAUUUAUUCCCUUCCCCUUCCGCCUCCGCCCUCCAUCAUUUUGCUGCUGCCAAAGAAAAGCAGCGAAUUGACAGACUCGUCGAGAAGUUGACGAGUAAAAUAAAAUUACUGGGUUCACGUUAAAAUAUUGAAACUAAUUUCCCUGCUUUUGCGGUUUUCAUUUAUUCAUGACACUGACUGAAUGAAUGUUGUGUGCGCUACAGUAAACACACGAAAUGUGCACUUAAUUGGGGUGCUCACUAAAAAUUUAUAAAGUUAGCUUAUUACCCAAACAUAAAUAAAAUAACUAUGAAUAAAUUAUUAAAAAUUUGUUGCACAUAUUUUAAGGGUACAAAAAACGACUCGGUAUAUCAUAAUGCUGCCAAUUUUUGGGCAGAAUCUAACAUCUGACUACAAUAUCACAUAUCGAUAGGCCGGAAAUGUGCUUUUCCCGACUAUUGAGAUAUAAGGGCACAUCUGUUAUAUUUCUGAAAGGGUAUUUGAUGUCGGCUGUUCUUUCUCUUUUCUUGCAAUCUUUCCUAUUCGAUCACUAUAUGGUAUAUGUUUUCCUUACAGUCACAUACAAUCCGCACAUGGACAGCAGCGACGACGACGACAGCGCCAAGUCGAUACCGCGACCCAUCUAUGAAGCGACAUCGGCGAUUGAUAGUCCGCCGCCGGAUCUGUGGCCGACUGGCCAAGAGCGGGAAUCGCUGCCCAACAAGCGGCUGAAGUACGUGGUCAGUUCGCCGCCGGACUCGGCAAAUGGCAGCAGCUCCUCCAACUCGAGCGCCUGGCCUGUGGCAUCCGCUACAGCUGGCGGCCACGCCUCACUCACCAUGAAGCUGACCAAGGUGACGUCUACGACAUCGACAACGCCAACGCCGUCGACCUCGCAGCAGAUCGAAGCGAAGCCCGCGCACACUUCUACGCCGCGACAGGAGGUCAAGGUGCGCGUACCAAAGGAGAUGAUUGCCUUGCAGCGCUCUCACAACGAGUCCCAGGUGCUGACCGGCUAUGUUUCCGACAGCGCCAAGCUGAAGAGGCGCAAAUCCCGUGCCGUUGCAGCGCAGCUCAUCAAGCAGUCGUCGGGCGGCCACUCAACCACGUUGCCCGCCACGACGAUGUCCAAGGCAACGCUGAAGCGCAGCAAGAGCAUACCUGCGCCCAUGUGGGAUUCACUAGAGGAUGAAUGGCCGCAGGAGCCGCAGGCUGCGUCCAGCAGCAAGCAGCAGACAAAGCGGCGCAACUACUCCGUGGCCUACGAUGAUGCGGUCUUCGCCGGCGAUGAGCAGCAGCAGCAGCUGGCAGAGCUGAGCGCCGGCGAGGAGGAGGAGGAGGAAGUUGGAGAGGGCAGUAACAGCCAGCCGGCCAGCGGCAGCCUCACACGCUUUCGUUCCCGCAGCAAGACCGUCUCGCUGAGCAGCGAAGAGCGGCAGCCGCGACGCGGCAAUAUGCGCUCCGAGAACGAGGAUUUUGCCCGCAAACGCAGCGCGUUCCUCAAUCGCUUCAUCAACGACACGCUCGAUCCGCUGGAACAGGCAACGCCGGCGGGGGAGGCGGACAGCGGCGAGUGGCGCACCAGCUCAACCGCAGACACGGAUCCCAAUCUGUCCAUGUUCUCGGAUGCCACGGAUGAUACGAAGCCUGCGCCCAGCGCCAGUGCCAGCAAUGCGCGCGAGAAGCUGCAGCAAAGGCUCAACGAGGUGUGGCAGCCAGCGCCUAGGGAUGGCUGGGAUCCCUUCUGCUGGAAGUGCCGCGGCUGCGGCAGCCUGGCACCCUGCUCCAAAUGCCUGCGCUCCUUUCAUAACUACUGCGUGCGACCCGCAUCCACCAAAUUCGAUGCCACCUGGAAGUGUCCCGAAUGUGUGCUGAUCGAGAGCGCGCCCAAGCGGCCGCGUCGCAACGAUGUCUCCGUGGAUCUGCUCAGUCAGCUGCUCACCUUUGCGCUGGAGCGCAUGAAACAUGUGCGCGGGGUCUACAAGCUGCGUUCUCCACAGGAAGUGUUACCGGAAAACUAUGGCAAAUACUUUGUAAAUCCAGUAAACUUUGAAAGUUUAGCGGAACGCAUCAAAAAUCGCGCCUUUCACAGCGUCGACGAGUUUCUCAGCGAGGUCAAGUGGAUGCAGCACAACGCGCUCAUCUUGGACAGUGGGGAUAUUAAAGUGGAGCAAGCCUCCAAGGCGGUGGUCAAGGUGUGCCGACAGGAGGCGAACGAGAUAGAUACCUGCGCCGAGUGCUAUUUGAAUGCCAACUCCAGUGAUGAAUGGUUCGUCAAGGUGUGCACCCAGCCGCAUUUGUUGCUCUGGGCCAAGUUGAAGGGAUUUCCCUAUUGGCCCGCUAAGGCCAUGGGCGCCGGUCCCAAUGCGGUGGUCAAUGUCCGGUUCUUUGGCAAACACGAUCGCGCCAACGUGCCUGUGAAGGAUUGUUUUCUGUAUUCGGCAAAGGAUCCCAAUACGCAGACCAGUCGACGCUCCGCGCGUGAUUUGGCCGAAUGUAUUCGCGAGGUGGAGGUGCACAUUGAGAAUAUCAAAACUAAAAUUGGCUGCUUCAAUUAUGCACCAUAUCGCAUGCCCUACGAUCCGCAAGAGGAGCAACAGCAGCUGGAGCAAAUGAUGCCAGGCGUAAUUGAUGUGAUCAAUAGACAGCUGGCGCCGGCCAACAAGACACCGCUGCAGUUUCUCAUACGUAAAACAGCCGGCGACAAGUUGUCCAUUGUGAAGAAGACAAAGGCCACCGAAUCGGGUAAUGAAUCCGAUCAUUCAGCUGUUAGUCCCAUCAAGAAGUCCAUGCAUGAUUCAGCCGAGUCGACGCCGCCGCCGCCGUUAAGCAACGAGCACGCGAAACCGAAGAGCAGCAAUUACGAGGUGAUACCCAGAGCUGGCGAUGCUUUAAGGGAAUCUCGCGGCUGCACUGUGGUGCUCAAGCGUAAAUCCCUGGAGACGUGUAAAACCUUGGUCAAGAUGGCAUCUAUGCCAGCCGGGGAAACGUUGUCUAUAAUCAAGCGGAAACAUUCCCAGAGUGAUGCUAGCAGCGAGACGAGUCAGCAGGGCACCAGCUCCUCCGAGCAGCGGCGACGGGCCAAGCAUGCGCGCAAGACAGCAGCAGCUGCAGCGGAGCGGGAGGAGCAACAGAAACAGGCAACAGAAAAGGAAGCGGAAGCUGAAACGAAGGAGUCAAAACUGGACACAGCACAGGCAGCAGCAUCAGCAGUGGCGGCAGCCGAACCCACUCCAGCUGUUGACUCGGUAGUGGAGCUGGUGCGUCGCCGACAAGGCGUGACCAUAACCAAAAUACCGCGGGAACAGCAGCUGCAGUUGCAACACCAGAACCAAAACCAGCAGCAGCAGUUGCAGCAGCAGCCACAACUACAGCAACAGCAGCCCCAGCAACCGCAGCAGGAGCAGCUGCAGCACUCGCAACAGCCUACUGCAGCAGUCAAGUCCCAAGAGUCCGCUGCUGUGGAUGAAACGGUAGCCAAGCAGCGUGCUGUGGAGCGUCAGCAGCAGCAGCUGAUCAGCAAAGUGGUGCCCUUUAUAGAGAUCAAAAAGGAGGUACUCUCCGAGCCAGAAGAUGGCGAAGAGGCGCCCAGUCAAGCAACAGAAGCGCCGCCUAGGCCAGUCGAGCUGCAGCAUCCGCAGCAACAGCAGCAGCAGCAGCCUGUGCUGGAAACUAGCCUGCUCGCUGCAUCUGGAGCCACAGCAGCACCAGCAGCUGCCACAAUUCUGCCAGUUCAAAUCAAGGAAGAGGUGCUCAGCGAGGAGGAAAUGGACACGGAACACAACAAAAACGAGUCUACGCCAGCAAUGCCGCCGCCUCAGCAGGUCGCCUUGCCCGUACGUGAAACUCAAAUAGCUUCAGUUCAUACAGAUCCAGUUACAGAUGCAGCAGCCGUAGCUGCAGCUGCUCCAGAAGACUUUGUGCGCUUUGUGGGUGACACGACCAUUCAGAGAUUGAGCCAGAAGCAGCCACACAAAGGAGCUGAGACGACGACACCAAAGCGGAGCUCGUUGCGUGGCGUGCCGCAUGGUCCAUUGCCAGCUUCGGCGCUUUCGCCCAAUUCCACGCCGCCCCCCUCAGCGCCGGCUUCGCCCACGCCCACGUCUUCAACGACGUCGCCCAAGCCAUGUAAUAGUCAAUCCAGCAGCAAUCAACGCCCAAGCGCACAAAGCCCACCCAAGACGCAGCAAGCAGCUGCUCAGCAACUGCGCGUUAAGUGCGACAAAUCUUUGAAUGCCACAACACCGCCGCCCGCGUCCCACCCACCGGCUGCCACGCCCACAUCCAGUCUACUCAAGUCCAACAUGGUGGUCAUACCCAUGGAUCCACGCAACACCAACGGUGGCAACAGCAACAGCGGCGGCGUUGGCGGCGGCAGUCUCGGCUGCCAACUCAACAAUUCCAAUUUGAUGAGCAUACCGGUGCCGCCACUGCGAGCUGUAUCCAAGAGUACCCUGCAACAACCCGGCAGCGCGCUGACAGCCAUCACAGCUGUGCCUCUACCACCGCCUGCAUUCGGCUCCUCCUCGCUGCCGCCCCCACCGCUGGCCGGACUCACCACGGCGACAACGACAACGAUAAGGCCAGUGGCCGGUAGCGCGGAGCCGGUUGGUUUGCUCGCCAGUGCAUUGAACGGCCUGCCCAGUGAUACCCUGGUCAGUGAAUCCACGCCGGCGGAGACUAUCGUGCCCGGCGUGGCUACCGCAUUAAGUGAGCUGGUGUUGCGCUCGGGACCGCCCAAGUUGACGCUGCGCCCGUGCGGCCCGUUGCAAUCAGAUGGCUCCAACAUCUAUCCGUCACAGGCUGGACCGCUCUCCACCAGACUAAAGGAGAAUGCGCACAAGAUUACGGACUACUUCAUCUCGGUGAUUGAGGACACCCUGAGCGAUCUGGCCGGCGGGGAGCCGAGCGUGCUGCAGGCACGCAUUGCUGGCCUGACGCUGGAGAACGAACGCCUCAAGCAGCACUAUGAACGGCAGAUGGCGGAAAUGCAACGUUCAACAGAUGUGCUGAUAGCCGAGAUGCGCAAAACCAUGGAGCAGGAGAACAAGCGGGUGAUCAGCGAACUGCGACAGCACAGCACUCUGGAGCGAAUGCGUGCGGUGGAGGAGGCUAAGAAGAAGCAAUGGUGCGCGAAUUGCAUGCGCGAGGCACAGCUGUACUGCUGCUGGAAUACCUCGUACUGUGACUAUCCCUGCCAGCAAAUGCACUGGCAGCGACACUCGGCCAGCUGCGGCCAAGCGGCCACACUGCAGACGCAGUCGCAGGCGGAUGCGGGGCGUGGCAAGCUCAAGCAGGUGACCAGCACAGCGCCAAAUCCCAACCAGCAGCAGCAGCUAAAUAGAACGAACACUGUGGGCAACGCCAACAAAAAGUGGACGCAUCAGUCAAUGAUAUCAUUGGUGAAUCCCGCGCCGCCCGCCACCGAGGUGCUCAAAUUGCCCAACAACACAUUUCUGCGACCCGUCUCGCUGCCCUCAACAAUGCCCUCUGCCAACACCGGCAGCAUUGUUAGCCCAGUCACCCUCAUAGCGCCCUCCACAUCCACGCAUCUGCAGAAUACCAUCAUGACGGGUCAGCGAAAUAACAUGAGCUACGGUGCCAAGCAGCCGCAGCCCAUUGCCGUGCAGCGGUAUAAUAUACCCCUGCCCAUCACAGUCAGCAGCAAUGCGGCCUUCGGGCACAUAACGGAGCAGCAUCAGAAGCAUGUGGCCAAGUCCACGGGCCGCAGUUCCCUCAAGAACAGCAGUCGUGCCCGCAAUUCAAAUAAUCCCAUUAACAACAACAGCAACAACCCGAACGCCCAGGUCAUGCGUCACAACCAAAUCAAUCACGUUUUUCAGCAGUGACUUUCCUAAAGUUAAGAUCUUGGAUCUCAUCGCAAGCUGAAACUGGCGCAAAACUGUAUAAAAUUCACAGAAU